AUGCUCUCCACCAAAGCACUUUUCACCACCCUCCACAAAUUCACGACGGCGAUGGCCAUUUGCGUCAUCAGGAGCAUUUUCGUCACCCUUCACACCUGCACCAAGGUCAUGCCCAUGCAUGCCAUCAAGGCCAUUCUCAUGUUCGGGGCGGCUACCAGGGCCAUGCCAUGUCUUCUAAUGAGACUGUGCGCCCAAGGCCAACUAGGGCGCACACAGUCCCACUGCCUGGCAGCCAUCCAUAGUUGGCCUUGCCAUGCGGCAAAAUUCUUGGCCUGUCUCCGUGCGAAGCAUCGACCUGGCCAGCGAGACGCGAUGCCAAGAAAGCAUCCGAAGUUUACAAAUCGCAACAGAAGUCAGUAG